CAACCUGCUCUUACUACCUUUCAACCUAAAACCAUUGUUUCUAUGGGCUGGUCACCUCCCCCAGGUUUUGCUAAAUUAAAUAUGGAUGGUUCUGCCCUUAGUAAUCCUGGUAUAGCUGGGGGAGGAGGCUUGUUACGUGACCAUCUUAGCAGAUGGAUGGUUGGCUCCUCACGAAGCAUUGGAUGGACCACAAGUAUUGCUGCAGAAUUAUGGGCUAUUAGAGAUGGCUUGGAAAUUGCUGCUAGGAAAGGAAUCUCUAAAAUUAUUGUGAAAACUGACUCAAAAAUUGCUGUUUUACUUAUUGAGUCCACUGAUACUACUUUGCACUCACUUGGAGCUCUUAUUUCUUAUUGCAGAUUGCUUCUACGCCUCUUUACGGAUGCUAGGAUCUCCCAUAUAUAUAGGGAAGCUAAUGCGGCUGCUGAUUUUCUUGCUAAACUUGGAUCUACUAGUGCUGGUGAUUUUGUCUUGUACGAGGGAAGUCCACCUGGGCUUUCUUCCAUUUUGUAUCAUGACUUAAUUGGGACUUCUUUCCCAAGAACGAUUGUAGCCAGCUAAUUUUCAAUAUAUAUAUUCCUUUUCU